AUGCAGAGAGUAACCCCCGAGGAGCAGAAAACAAUCAACGCCCUCCAAUCCUCCUGGGUCUGGGUCCCGAAUUGGACCGACUCCCCACCCCCAAACACCAAUACCGCCGGGCGAAGAGUGCACUUCACGCGCACAUUCACACUCUCCUCUCCUCCCAAACAAGCACUCAUCCACCUCACCGCCGACACGCGCUACAAGCUUUUCGUUAAUGGUAACCGCGUAGCAGUCGGCCCGACACGCGGGAGUCCGAGUAUCUGGUACUACGACACGCUGGAUAUUGCAAAAUAUUUGCGGCAGGGACAGAAUGUGCUUGCUUUCGAGGUCCUGCGGUAUUUCUUCGGUGUUAGGGCCGCCAUGCCGUUUCAGAGGACGGCGGUGCCCGGGUUGAGUGUUGUGGGGGGUGUGGAAACGGACAAUGGGGUUGUUGAGAUUGGGACGAUCAGGAAGGAGGAGUGGGAGGGGAGGGUUGAUGAGGGUGUACUGUUUCCGAUGGGACUGGUUGACGAUCCGUUUCUGCAUAUCAACGAGCGCAUCGCCCCCGUCCCUCCAUCUCCGCCGGUAACCCCUGUUCUAUACGGUAUCAAACCCCUAAACGGCGAGCUGGCGCCCUGGAGACUCAGGCCUCGGCCUAUCCCAAUGCACGAGGAGAGCAGCAUGGCCGUUAACACGGUCCGUUCAUGCCAGAGCACGCUUUCAGCAGAAGAAUGGACCGCUGGACUCGCGCCAUACAACAGUAAACCACUUAUCCUCCCAGCAAACUCAUCCCAUACCCUCGAACUGCAAGCAGAUGGGCACUCAACAGCCUUUCUCCGCUGGGUCUUCCAGUCCACCGGAAGCGCAUCAACCAUCCAUCUCAAAAUCACAUACAGCGAAGGCUACGAGCUGAACCCACGCGACUACCCCUUCUUCCGAACCAAAGCCGACCGUCUCGACGCAGAAAACGGCCACCUCCUCGGGCCCUACGACGACAUCCACCUCGAUAUCCCAGCAGCCGGCAUCAAGGCCUACGAACCCUUCUGGUUCCGCACCUUCCGCCUCCUCCGCCUCGACCUCAGCAUCGGAGAACAGCCGGUAACCCUAACAUCACUAACAGCAACGCAGGCAAAUUACCCAAUGAACGUAAAAGCCUCCUUCAACAACCCCACCGACCCCGACACAUCAGCCAUCUGGUCCGUCUCCCUCCGCACCCUGAGAAACUGCAUGUUCGACGCCUACGCCGACUGCCCCUUCUACGAGCAGCUGCAGUAUAGCGGCGAUAGUCGGAGUGUAGGACUCUUCCACUACUACCUCUCCGGCGACGAGCGGCUCAUGCGCCAGGCGAUCUCCAACUAUGCGUCCUCCAUAACGGCAGAGGGACUCACGCAGUCUCGGUUCCCCAGCCACGUCCCGCAGAUUAUUGCGGGGUUCAGUCUCUACUGGAUUCUGGCCAUCGCAGACCAUUUUCUGUUCUUCGGGGAUAAGCCAUACACGCGCUCGUUUUUGCCGAGGGUUGAUGGCGUGCUUGAGUUCUUUAACAACCAUAUCGACCACCUCGGUCUUGUCUCUGGUCUUCCACACGAUGUAUGGCAGUACGUCGACUGGGUUGACACCUGGGGUGCAACGGACGAACAGCCCGAUAAAGGCGUUCCGACCUCCGGACGACGAUCAAAUAGACAUACGUAUUUCAGCUUGCUCUACGCGUACGUGCUGCAGCAGGCUGCAAGACUAGUCCGGGACGUCGGGAGACCCGGGUAUGCAGCGGAAUACGAAUCCCGCGCGUUGGCUCUGCAAACCGCCGUCCGGAGACAUUGCUACGAUGGCCACUUCUUCACGGACUCUACGGUCGAUAUUGCGGGUGACGAUGCGUACUCCCAGCAUGUCCAGGUCUUCGCGAUCCUCUCGGGCACCGCGCACCCGUCUGACCGCGCCAGAUUGCUCCGUGCCUCCUUCGCGCCUGGCAGCGGGAAGAUGUUCGCGAAAUGCAGCUACAUGAUGCGCUUCUAUGCGCUUCGCGCAUUCUCUCUCGCGGGCGACGAAGUGUAUGAGUCGUUUUGGCGUGAGUCGGCGUGGACGCCGUAUCGCAGGAUGCUUGCGCAGAAUCUGAGCACGUGGGAGGAAGAUGAUGUGCGGCAGCGGAGUGAUUGUCAUGCUUGGGGGAGUGUGCCGAUAUAUGAGUUCUGUGCUGAGCUUGCGGGGGUUAGGCCGAUUGAGCCCGGGUGUGGGGGUGUGCUUUUUAAGCCGCGCUUGGGGCUGAGUGAGGGGGUUAGGGCGGAGAUUGCGUUGGGAGGGGGGAAUAUGGUGAGUGUGAGGUGGUGGACGGAUGAGGAUGGGGAGGGGGAGGGGGAGAAGGUGGUAAAGAUUGUGCUGCGGUUUGAGAAAGCUGUGAGGGUCGUUGCGCAGUUGCCUGGGGAGGAGAGGGAGGGGCAUGGGGUUGUGGAUUGUUUGAAUCUGAGCUGGAGGGGGCGUGUUUGA